AUGCACCCAUGCCUUUCCGUGGAUGAGAUUCUACGACUCAUAUUUCGAUGCGUCGAAGUUCGCCCGACAUUGUGUGCGUUGGCCAGGACUUGCCGCACGUUCAACGAACCAGCUACGGAUCUGAUCUGGGAGACUCUGACCGCCGUGGAACCUAUCCUGCAGCAUCUCCCUUCUGCAAGGUUUGUGGCGAAGGAGGGCAGCGUGGUAAGGGAUUGCUACUAUGUCGUUUCUGAGAAUGCAGAGAAACACCACCAACAGACCGACUCAGUCCAGUACCUGGUGUUAUCAGAUCUGCUCAGUGAAAAUGACUGGAACACCAUCCGGCGACUCUCAAGUCGUGUCCGCAGGUUUUAUACAUCCUUCGUAGAUGUAGGACCCGACUAUGUGCAUAACGACGUUCCCCUGUGGUUUGGCUCUCUUGCCUCCCCACCGGGCCCAGGCUUUCUUUUUCCAAACCUUCGCGAUUUAUCAUUCCAGGUGUCCGGUUAUCUUGAGUUAAGUAGUGUUUGGAAUCACCACACGGAAACCUUCCAGGCCGUCAUUCGUUUCUUCCAUCUUCUUCUGGGACCACACUUGUCUUCCCUUCGAUUUGACAUACCUGCGGCAUUCUACGCCUAUCUCGACAUCCCUUCCAUACCAGCACUUUGCCCAAACAUCCGCAUGUUGAGCAUAGGAGGGCCAACAUUCAACCAUCAUGGGUGCUCAAUUCCCGACCAAACUGUGUCUGCAUUUUCCAAGGUAGUCUCCGAGCUUUGCCAUCUGGACCUCGUUAGGUCUUAUAUGACCUCCUGGGAAUUGCUCACCAGUCUGGCCCAGGCGAAGGCAUUGCGGUGGCUGUGGAUGUUUCUUCCUCGUGGGAUCGGCCGUGGGCCUGAGCAUCCCAGCGGCAACAUUUUCCCCCAACUUCGUGCUCUUGAUGUCGUGGCCGAAUCCCUGGUAUCAUGCGUAGACCUGUUUCGCUGGACCUCCCCCAAUAAAGUCACUGAGAUAUGUAUUUGCUGUCAGACAUGUGAAGAUGACGGCGAUCCUUCGCAAACACUGGUUUCCAUGUCGUCUCUGAUUUCAUCACGAUGCAAGCAUCUAGAAUUCCUCUGGAUUCUUUCCAUCUCUGGCGCUGUCCGUGAACCUCUCUCCGCUUGGCCGCGGCCUAUGCUGGAACCCUACCAAGCUUGCCAUCACCUCAGGGUCAUUGCAUUGCGCACGCAUUGUAGCCUGGCACUAGCAGACACUGACUUGGAGGAUAUGGUCAAGGCUUGGCCGCACUUGGAGGUGUUCCACCUAUCUCACAAUGUCAUAAUGGGCCCUUCACGACGUCCAGUUCAUCUCUCGUUACGAGGAGUUACUGCCCUUCUACAUCGCUGUCCAAAACUCAAAUGCUUUACCCUGGAGUUUGACGCAACCCGUGUUCCGGAACGUGCUACUCGACUUAGCUACGGGACCCCUGUGCGAAACACCGCGGUGAGGCGAAUGGGAGUUUUCGCGUCCCCUGUUUCAGCAAGUAGCAAUGUUACUGCAUAUCUCUCCACCAUUAUGCCAUCCUUGGCACUCAUCAUUGUCGAAAUAGGGGCUGGUUAUGCGCCUGAAUGGGUUCAGAUAUGUACCCACCAUCCACGGAAGCCUUCAAUAUGUGCAUCCAUACCGGUGAUAGAACUCAACUCUCUACGAGCCGCUGGUACUGAAGGUAGAGGCAGGAUGUAUGGUGAGGAAUGGCUUGGGGGAUGGUGA